UCCGCACAACAUCAACAUCAAGCAAGAUGGCGCUCGUGCAACGAGCCUCUCUCACGUACGUUUGCAUAAUGGCUUUCUUGAUUCUAACUGCAAUUCGCCUGGACCAGAGGCUGGAGUGGAACUGGUUCUUGGUCUUCAUCCCUCUGUGGGUGUUCGACUUUGUCGUGGUCGCUUUGCUCGUCAUCAAACUCAUCAGCCAUUGCCGGGUCGGCUACGACCAGAGCGACAUGUCGCUGUCCUUGGUCAACAAAGUGUGGUUAAUCUGCGUGAUGGGACUGGCACUGACUUUCAAGAUUUUACUGUGUGUCCGGCUUCAGUACGCGGCUGAUAUGGCCCACUACUGGGUCUUUGUACCGCUGUGGUUGAUGCUGGGCUUGUCAGCUGUAAGGCUCAUCCCUUGGACCUCAAAGCUUAGAUGAUGGGAACGUAAACCACAACUCCUAACUGUUAAUCAAGCGGAACCACAACUGACAUUAUGCAAUGCCGCAUGUCCUGCUACACAAGCUUGCUAAAAAUGUCAGGCGUAGGCCCCCCUACUCUAAAUUUGUGUAAAUGUACUGGUGUUUCACGGAGCACUAUGGUGUUGGACAUCAACAUUAUCCACUUGUCUGCUUGUGCAGUAGUACAGAAAGAGCAAACUUAUGCGAGCUUUAGCUUGAGUAACUCCAGCUCAUCAGGAAUUCGACAUUUGGAGUUACUCAAGCCAUGUACAAGUUCAAACGGAAUGGGUCAGGUGCAUUCUUGGAAGAUCUACACAAGCCACCAAUCGAGGGUUCUUCUACAGCCACGUUAGACUUUUGAAGAGCCGUGCCCUGAAGUUCUCCUGGCAAUGAUGUGAUGAAAGCAUCGAGGAGCAGUUGCCAUGACAACGGACGAAAGAAGUGCUGGGAUAAAGUCUCCAUAGACAAGAAACAUUGACAAUGACUUUUACUUAUUGGGAGCCGUCCUUGUUCUUGUUAAUAUCUGACACAGUGUUUUAGUUGUUUCUUAAAAAAAUUUCGUUUCUUAAAAAAAAAAAACCCAAUAAUUUAUAUUUCGUUAAUGAAUUUAAUGAAAGUUUCCAUAGAUUCUCGAUGUUUGAUAUUGUCAAGGUUUUCAGAGUAAAUGACAACUAUUGAUGCAUUACUAACUUUUUUUUGGGGGGGGGGCGUGCUUCAGAUCAAAUUUUUCCCUACUUGAAUGAAAAGAUUUUGUGUUACAAACGUCAGUUCUGGAUGUACAUGUACUAAAUAAUGCCUAAAUAAAAAUAUAAAGUCUGGAGUAAAGUUUAGACAAGUGUCAAUCAAACUUUUUGGACCACAUUAAUUUUAUUGCAUCAAGC